GUUACCUUCACAUUCACUGACAUAUUUUACCCUCGGGGUCAAUUUGACCCCAGCAAUUAAAACCUCCAGAAAAUUAUUAGAAUUAAUAUUGUUUCCCAAGUUUAAGUGUGAGGUACUUUAUGUUUGUUUGUUGACUACCUAAAUAGCCCUUUAAAUAUAUAAAAAAGUUGAUAUUUCUUAUAUGUUUGACACAGUGAAAAACAGCCUGGGGUCAAAUUGACCCCAAAGAACACCGACGUUAAACAUUGAAUGGGGUCAAAUUGACCCUAAAAGUAACAGGAGGGUUAAGGCCCUAAACAUCGAUGGCAUACACAGGAUUUUUAAUUAUUUUUAAUGGGUAGAUGUUCCCUCAGAGUCCGAUAUAGAAUAAAGAGAUCGGCUAUUUUUAAUUGGCUGUGAAUUGUCACGAUCCUGGUUUUGGUUCAGAGUGUUUUAUUUUGAAGUUCCCUGCCUCUUGUGUAUCCCGGGGUAUUUAAACCCUGCGUUCCCCGGUCUCUGUGUUGGUCCCUCUUGAUAUCCCUUGUGUCUAUUCACCCGGUUCUGUUUUGUGUUUUUGUUGUUGUUGCUUGUUGUAUUUUCAGUUUCUCCUUUUGUUGUGUUUUGGAUAUUUUGUUCUCCUUUAUCAUCCUGGGUCCAUCCCCGUUGCCUUUCUGCCCCACCGGGACAAUAACAGCCCGAUAGAGACAGACAGUGAUUACGCAACUGUUGUGGCCGCCUGACCCUGAAAAGAGCGGCUCGGCCUUCUGGGUGCAUGCAGGGUGACAUGAGAAGUAAUAACGGCCGACACAGAGCACAGUGUGACAGGAUGACAACGACGUGGAGGGACCGCGAGAGAACGCCGACCAUGUGACGUCAAAGCGAGAGGUGAUGUAAGGAGCGCGCUCGGGACGUCAACGGGGGGCUCGGGAACUUCUCCUCUUGCCUUCAAUCUUUUUCCCUCCAAGACAGAUCGAAUACUGGACAGUGAAACUAAUCUACCACGUUUCCAAUCUGUGGUCCAAGUGAACUCAACGGAAAGCACCGGCCAUGACCUCAGCCACUGCCCCCUCCUCCGAAGGCUGCUCUCCUCAGAGAGUAUGCCACUCCCAGACGCAGACGGACAUCACCAAGCCCCUGCUGGGCUCCCCAGACGUAGGUGGAGGAGGAGGAGGAACGGGAGCCGGAGGGCCCUGCGCCCUGCGAAGGAGGCGCCGCGUCCUCUCCAAAGACGGAAGAAGCAACGUACGCAUCGAGCACGUGAGCGGCCGAGGGGCGCUGUACCUCCGCGACCUCUGGACGACCUUCCUGGACAUGCAGUGGCGCUACAAGUUCUUCCUCUUCGCCGCCACCUUCGCCGGGACCUGGUUCGCGUUCGGGGUGCUCUGGUACCUGGUUGCCUUGGUGCACGGAGAUCUCCAGGAGUUUGACCCCCCCUCCAACCAUACUCCGUGCGUAAUGGAGGUGAAGACCCUGACGGGAGCCUUCCUCUUCUCUCUGGAGUCUCAGACCACAAUUGGAUACGGUUUCCGGUGCAUCACCGAGGAGUGUCCCGGCGCCAUCAUGCUGCUCAUCUUUCAGCUGGUCAUCACCAUGGUGUUGGAGAUCUUCAUCACCGGCACUUUCCUUGCGAAGGUCGCUCGUCCCAAGAAGAGAGGCGAGACAGUGAAGUUCAGUCAACACGCCGUCGUUUCAAAUCACGAGGGUCGGCCCUGCCUCAUGAUCCGAGUGGCCAACAUGCGCAAAAGCCUUCUGCUGGGAUGCCAGGUGACGGGGAAGUUGCUUCAGACGUCGCUGACCAAGGAGGGCGAGACGGUGCGGUUGGACCAGCGCAAUGUGCCUUUCCUGGUGGACACGUCCAGCGACAGCCCCUUCCUCAUCAUCCCCCUGACUUUCUACCACACCAUCGACGACAACAGCCCUCUCAGGGCCUGGGCAGCGAAAGGUGGCGGCUGGACGGACCCGGACCUGGCCGACUUUGAGCUGCUCGUGAUCAUGAGCGCCACGGUGGAGCCGACCUCCGCUACCUGCCAGGUGCGGACCUCCUACCUCCCGGACGAGAUCCUCUGGGGCUACGAGUUCCCCCCCGUCGUCUCCCUGUCUCCCUCGGGGAAAUACGUGGCCGACUUCACCUUCUUCGACAAAGUGGCCAAAACCAAAACGCCGCCCCACUUCAAGCAGGCCUCGCCACCGGGGAGCCCGCCGUCGCAGGCGUCCCGCCACCACCGAGGCAAGGAGGCGGGGUCGGACCCGGAGAAGAUGCGACUGGAGGAGAACUACAGGGGGGAGGAGAACGGGCGAGAGAAGGGAGUAAAGGGAGAGAAGGGGCGCAACCGAGACAGCGGCCCGCGAAGUGUGCGUAUUAGCAACGUGUGAGGGAAGAGAGAGAGAGAGAGAGAGAGAGAGGAAGUGGAAACGGAAAGCUGAUGAGAAACUGAGAUGAAAGCAAGGAAGAACAGAAUCGAGCUGCUCGUAUAAAAACACCUCGCCCACGCACAUGAGAGAGACACGCCUGGAUCCACACCUCCGUGGGCUCCACGCACACAUCUGGGUCAGCAAGUUACGAACCCGACGUGUACAAAUGUACAGCACAAGGUGUCCGUAGAGGCGCUUGCAUUCAUUGUUUCUUUCUUUCUGGAAAAGGACUGCGGCUGGAGAUGCUCUAACGCUCUUAUCGGGUCAUUCCUGUUCCUUUAGCCCUAGAAGGUCGUACUAAUCACUAAAUCUGAUCCCGAUAUAGAAAUUAACCUUUUUCGAGACUUUUCUCGAAGCGAGCGUCUCUUCCUUUAACCUCUAGAAGGAGUGCGAAAAAGUGAACACUUGAUUUCAGAAAUUGAAAAAAAGUUGAUUUCUGUUUCUGUUAUAAGAAAAUAAGAGCUCGACUGCGGGAAAAUGGACUUGAUGAGAUUUAUUUUUAAUUGUUUUUAUCUGUGUAGAUAAACGUCUGAACGUCUUGCUAAUCACUGAAUCACUGUACGGUUUUUUACUGUUUUUAUUUUUUUAUUAACAAAAUACCUGCAAAAGGUGUCGAAAAUACUGGAACCUUAUUAUUUUUUUUAAUGGAGGAUUGUAUAAUAUUUGAUGUACCCAACAGUCUUUAACAACAUCAUCAUACUUGUUGCAUCUGAACACACACUCAGCUCUCUCAUCCGAAUGUCUUCUCUUGUUUAUUGGAGAAAAUAUAUUUUGUAAUAUUACUAAAAAAGCACUUUAACUUGACAUAAAUGUGACAUUUCACCACCAAGGGGAAUAACUGAACUAAUUCUGAUAGUUAAUGCACUGUAAUAAAUGAUGAAAUCCGGUGAUUAUGUUUGGGGUUUGUGAGUGUGAGUGGGUGUUGUUAGGCCUAAAAAUGAGUUAAAUCAUAUUUUUAUGAGGCUUUUUAUGAACCUUCUUAAACGUAACGCAUGUGUGUGAUCAUGAACCUCUGUACAGUGUACACACAUAUGUUUUCAUACAUUAUUCACACACGUAUGAGCUGAUGUUUUGACACACUUCAGUACAAUGCGCCCGUCUUUUUACUGCCGACAUUUCCCCCGAACAUUUGUUAUGAAAGAUUCUCUGGAUUCUGCCAACGUGUGUCCAAUCAACAGCCUUUUUUAUAUUGGAUCAGUACAUACAUUUGAAUUAAAAAAUAUAUAUUUUUCUCUUUUUACUCGAUAUGAAAAUGGCGACAGACACAUCAAAAUUAAACCAAAUUGUGGCGCUUGUUCCUGGGGACUCACUAAAUUUCUUGGGGACGAACAAUGAGAUAUCUGAAAUGUUUUUUACAAGAAAUAUUAUGAAGGAAAUUUUUCUAUUCUUAUUGUUUUUUUCUGUUUGAAUGGCCAACGAUGCUUGCUAUUAAAAAACUCAGUACUAUA